AUGACGCUCUCCCACGUCGCGUCGGAGGCUCCAGCAUCUUCACCGCUCAAUGUACCAUGUUUACAAACCUUGAAUCCCCCUCCAGACCAAAGAAAAAAACAUGCACAUCUGCAACAGACAUCUGUAGAUCCCAUUACGACAGAUACACUCGUCAAUGUUCCCAAAUCACGCACAAGCCACCGAGCCGCAGCUGUAGCUGCUACUGCUGUCAUUGCUGCACAAGCUCUUGAGGAGGAUCCCCCACCUAACGUUUGUAUAUCUAAACCAAUGCGUCGUCAACCUGUUAAUGAGAAUGUUAAGAUACAAGGAAACCGUACGAUGGAGAUGUUGUUAUAUGCGGCAUCGGAGGAGUCAUACACGAAAAAAAGAGGAAUAGAGGGCACAACGCCCGUAUCAAAACGUACUAAAGUCAUAAUACGUAAUCGAGUAUCACAAAAGAGACCACGGACAAGUCGAAGAGGCAAGAAACGUCGUCAGACUAUAGUUGAGGAAACUGCUGCGAUUGAAGCAUCGCCUCUUAUCACAGAUCUUCCACCGCUACCAUUUACAACCACAAAGUCGAUAAAUCAAGACAAGAAGAAAUUAAAAGGAAAACGAGCGGUUGCUAUGAAGCACCAAGAUGAAGAAUCUACACGUCAAUGUGAGUUUUGCAAAUCAAGCGCCAAUAUCUGUGUUUUAAUGCAUUGCCUCGCCUGUCGUCGCGUGUACCAUGCUGGCUGCUUUGUCCAGGCUUUCAAGCCUUAUGUGGAUAAUUCUACGCCUCUAUUAGAUCAAAUUACAAGCUUACAACUUCAAGCGCCCGAUCAUCGAGGUCAAUUGUUUCGAUGUGCUUCGUGUAAAGCGGCAUUUCUGGAUUUUUAUGAAAGUGGUGGAUACAUGUGGGAUUGUGACUGUCCGACGUGUUUGCAACCGGAAAAGACACGAUUGUUUCGUCAGCGCAAAUUAGUGCAAAUGAUGAAUGACUUGGAGCUGGAGAAACGACGGAAGAAAGAGAAAAAAGAGCAUCAAAAGAAUGCUGCUGCUAGGACAGAUGACAAACCAGCGCUAGUUUUGACGUCGAGUACAUCAAAUUCAAAGGCUCGAAACCGACGGACACACGACAAUUGCACUACAACUGAUACUUUAAAGGUAAUUGAUGGUGCUGUGAAGGUUGAGAGUAAGGAUGUGGUAAUUAAAGCAUCAACAAGAAAACGACAUGGAGUGAAAGUUGGUACUGAUGUGCUUGAGAAUGGUGACGGACUUGGCGAAUCUGCAAAUAUGGCUCUAAGUCAGCAACAAAAGACGGAAAAAUUACAAUCCGAGAGUGAGGUGCUGCAAAGUAAAGCUAUGGAUGGGCUUACAAUUCCAGAAAACGAGCUUGUGAGCUCAGUUCGACUUCAUUACGAUGAAAAGACUGCCAGUUGGAGCUUUCCUAUCAUGUGUUCACGAAUGGCUAGUCUUCAGGCGGCUGGGUUUAUAAAGACUGGCAAGUGCAUUUGGUAUGUAAAACAACCGGCAAGUAUUCAAUGUAAUUGCUGUGACAGAAGGUUUGAAUUUUCGGAGUUUGUACACCACACGGACACCUCGUUAGCUCAAGAUACAAACAAGGACGAAGAAGCAUUUCUAUUUGUCGAACAUCGCGAUGAUGCAAAACAUACGCCAUUAAAGCAAUUUCUACGAGCUCUAAAAAAAUAUGUGGGAAUGAAAGAUGCAAUGAACAUUAAGGAAAGCUCAGGACAACAAGCAAUAACUGUUCUUUUGGACGCAAAGUUAGAGGCUGAAACAGCUGUCACUCGUCUCCAAGCACUUGCUCUUUUUAAGUGUUUAAAACAUAAAGCUUUAUCAGCUGUCGCCGCUUUUGAGUUUGCGGCACGUGUCGUCUGUCUGUCACCAAAGUAUGUUAUGAGUAUGGCAAAUGGCAGUCUCGUGGACCUUGUGGUACGGUCGAAAACUUCGGAACCGGGUGACUCGUUCCCACGGAAAGCUGGGUGGUUAAGCUUUAGUCGACAAGCGAUCAAGGCUCAAACAAUUUUGUGUGAAUGUUGCGACAGAAGCUUUAGCUUGAACGAUCUUGUCACCCACGCGGGCAUUGUACUGACUGAAUGGAAGAAGAAACCUCGACAUUUUUUGUAUGUGGUAGAGCGUCAGGAUGAAUCGACUUUGAUGCCGUUCACAACGUUUGUGCAGACUUUGGACACUGCACAUGCUAAUAAUGUAUUGGAUUCACUCUUACGAAAAGUGCCACCUUUGUCAUUGUAA